AGUCUGCAAAAGUGAAAGUGAAAUUCACGAGAACAGUAGAGGAGACUGGGGGUUGAUGUCACUUUUUACACUCGUCAGGAUUUAUCAGUUGAAGCCCAUCUUGUUACCCCACCCCCUUACCGCACAAAACGAACAUGUAAUAUCCCACAGCUUUCACUUUCUCUCUCUCAUCCAGAGCUGUUUCCUCGCAUCAUUUUACUGAGGUCUGGUAACUGAAGUCUGGAAAGUCUGAAAACUUAAGAUGGGAGGCUCUUCGUCCAAACCUCAAACACCUCAGCAAGUGUACAGGCCUCCUCCCAGUCCUGUAGUAAAUGAAUCUGAAAAACUUCUUGAUAAACCAUGGAGGGACAUUGAAUGGACUGCAGUGAGAAAGGAAAAACUGUUAAAUGAAAUCAAGAGGUACAAGCCCAGUGUCAGUUCAGUGAAACAGGCACGGAUUCUGCUGGUUGGUCCGAUUGGUGUUGGAAAGUCCAGCUUCUUCAACUCCAUCAACUCUGUCUUCCAUGGUCAUAUUACCAGCCAAGCUGUGGCAGGCACCACUUUAGAAAGCAGCGUGACCCUCAAGUUUCGCACUUACCAGGUUGAGGCAGGUCAAGAUGGUGAACCUCUGCCAUUCAUCCUGUGUGACACCAUGGGACUAGAGGAGGGCCUAGCACAAGGGCUGAAUAUUGAAGAUAUUCCUAACAUUCUGAAUGGUAAAAUUGGAGACAGGUACCAGUUCAAUCCUGCAUCACCUCUCGAAGACAGCAAUUCCAGCAACCCAGAGAAACUGGAAGACAAGAUCCACUGUGUUGUAUAUGUUCUCGAUGUAUCCAAAAUGGGACUCAUUCCAGAAAAGCUGUUUGAGAAAAUUCGUACAGUUCAAAAGAAAGUCAAUGGAUUUGGUGUUCCUCAGGUGUUGCUUCUGACCAAAGUGGAUCAAACAUGUCCCCCAGUAGAGAAAGACAUACAGAAAGUGUAUCACAGUGAAUACCUGCAAGCAAAGAUCAAGGAUGCAAGUGCUCGUCUGGGCAUACCACUGCUUUCUGUGUUUCCAGUGAAAAACUACACCCGCGAGGUGGAGCUUCAGCAAAAUGAUGACAUCUUGCUACUUAGCGCUCUUCAGAAAAUACUUCAUUUUGCUGAUGACUACAUGAGGGACAUGAAUGACAAAAAACUUAUAGGAUGUCUUGAAGAACCAUGGAGGAAAACUGUGUGGAAAUCAGAGACAAAGAAUAUGCUGAUAAAUGAAAUCAAGAGGUACAAGCCCAGUGUCAGUUCAGUGAAACAGGCACGGAUUCUGCUGGUUGGUCCGAUUGGUGUUGGAAAGUCCAGCUUCUUCAACUCCAUCAACUCUGUCUUUCAUGGCCAUAUUACCAGCCAAGCUGUGACAGGCACCACUUUAGAAAGCAGCGUGACCCUCAAGUUUCGCACUUACCAGGUUGAGGCAGGUCAAAAUGGUGAACCUCUGCCAUUCAUCCUGUGUGACACCAUGGGACUAGAGGAGGGCCUAGCACAAGGGCUGAAUAUUGAAGAUAUUCCUAACAUUCUGAAUGGUAAAAUUGGAGACAGGUACCAGUUCAAUCCUGUAUCACCUCUCGAAGACAGCAAUUCCAGGAACCCAGAGAAACUGGAAGACAAGAUCCACUGUGUUGUAUAUGUUCUCGAUGUAUCCAAAAUGGGACUCAUUCCAGAAAAGCUGUUUGAGAAAAUUCGUGCAGUUCGAAAGAAAGUCAAUGAAUUUGGUGUUCCUCAGGUGUUGCUUCUGACCAAAGUGGAUCAAACAUGCCCCCCCGUAGAGAAAGACAUACAGAAAGUGUAUCACAGUGUAUACCUGCAAGCAAAGAUCAAGGAUGCAAGUGCUCGUCUGGGCAUACCACUGCUUUCUGUGUUUCCAGUGAAAAACUACACCCGCGAGGUGGAGCUUCAGCAAAAUGAUGACAUCUUGCUACUUAGCGCUCUUCAGAAAAUACUUCAUUUUGCUGAUGACUACAUGAGGGACAUGAAUGACAAAAAACUUAUUAGACGUCUUGAAGAACCAUGGAGGAAAAUUGUGUGGAAAUCAGAGACAAAGAAUAUGCUGAUAAAUGAAAUCAAGAGGUACAAACCCAGUAUCAAUUCAGUGAGUCAGGCACGGAUUCUGCUGGUUGGUCCUGUUGGUGCUGGAAAGUCCAGCUUCUUCAACUCCAUCAGCUCUGUCUUCCAUGGUUAUGUUACCAGCCAAGCCAUCUCAGGCAAUUCUGGUGAUGGUGUGACAACCCAGCUUCUUCCUUUCAGGAUUAAAGCAGGCGAAGAUGGCAAGCCACUCUCAUUCAUUGUGUGCGACACCAUGGGGUUGAAAGCGGCUCCAGGUGAAGGAGUGCAUGUUGAAGACAUUUGCAACAUUCUGAAGGGGCAUGUUCCUGAUCGGUAUAAGUUGAAAACAGCAUCACCCUUGAAAGAAGACGACCCUCAGUUCGACAAAUCAGCGAAACUGCAGAACAAGAUCCACUGUGUAGUAUAUGUGAUGGAAGCCUCUAAAGUCACAGACAUGCCUGAGCAGCUGAUGAAAAAAAUUGAUGCUAUUCGACAGAAUGCCAAUGAGAUUGGUGUCCCCCAGCUACUGAUCCUGACCAAAGUGGAUGAAGCAUGUAUUUAUGUGGAGAAGGACAUACAGGAUGUGUAUCGCAGUCCAUAUAUACAAGAGAAGAUCCGCAAGGUGAGUGAUCAACUGGGCAUACCAGUGUCUUGUAUAUUUCCAGUGAAGAACUAUAACUAUGAGACUGACCUGGAGAAGAACUGUGACAUCUUGAUGCUGAGCACUCUCCAGGAAAUUCUCUGUUUUGUAAACAGUUACUUUAGCAAUAUCUGUGACUCAAACGAUGAUUUGGAUAUGAAGCACUGUUUGUAA